UGCCCAGUCAACACCACGAGCUAUAAAACAUCCUUGCCUGAAGAGUCUUUGCAGAACUUUUCUGAAUUUAUUGCCCCAGGACACUGCCUUUCCAUAGGAUGAAGUCUACUUGCUGCCUUCUCAUCACCAUCCUCCUUCUUCAGCGGAGUGUAGGGAACACUGAGUGUUCUUUAGACUCCAUUGUGGAUGAAAGGAUAAAUGAAGCUCUCCAAGAUCUGGAGUUCAAUCCUUCUCCCCGACUAAAGAUGUCGUGUACCAGUGUCACCAGCUCUGGCAGACUGGCCUCCUGCCCUGUAGGGAAUGUUGUCACCGGCUGUGCUUGUGGCUAUGCCUGUGGUUCCUGGGAUAUCCGAGGGGAAACCACGUGCCACUGCCAGUGCAGCGUGGUAGACUGGGCCGCUGCCCGCUGCUGCCGCCUGACCCAACAAGGAUGAGGAUGAGAACCCGAAAGUGUGGCCAUGACUGGAAUGAAACCAUGACCACAAACAGGAAAUCUCCUUCAUUUCAUUCCUAAAACUGCCCCUUCCUUUGUUACAACCCAGCUUCUUGGAUAAUAAAGGCAACUUUUGCAUC